UAGUGUACCUUUUGAUGGGGGGGGUUCGACCAGGACGGCAUGCGUACAUGCCUUCUCCAUUGGGACGUUCCUCCGGCCAGACACGCACAUACUGUCCGUUCACACUAUUCAUUUCAUUCAUUCAUUCGGCCAUUAGUAAAUACACUCUUACAUAUUAGCCGGGAUGUAAUGACUUGUAGUGCAUGAGGUGUAGGCAGAGAGUCCAGAACCUGUGACACGCAACGACAGCAACGACAGCAACGACAGCAACUCCAGUAUCAAAUAGUAAAGACCUAGAACAUGCUCAACCCCAGGUUGUUGCGGGCAUUUGUCGUCAGUGAGUGAGCAAAUGUGCAAUUGGGAUAAUGAGGAUGCGAGGUGAAGAUACGGCAACCAAGGUACAAUACCGUACGGCAAGAGGUGGGACGAAGUGGAAGGGGGCCCACCUUCUACCCGGUGCGUGUGGUUUAUGGCCUUGUCAUGGGGUGGUUGGCAUUGUAGCCACGGCCUUUUCCUUUGCUUUUCCCGCGUGCUUCCUGCCUUUUUCCCCCUCUGCUUUGGUGUGCCUCGUUUUUCCCCUGCCGUGCCUUUUUCCCUUCCUUCCCUCCUCCCCCCCCUUUUUUCCAGUGGUACCAAACCACAACUCCCACAGCCCAACCCGGAAAUCCAAGUGGUGGUGGUAAGAGCUAAGUAAAGUAAAGUAAAGUCAAA